CUCACAUGAAAUCUCAUAGAAAUACCCCAUGCAACUCCCCCACGCCCCCACCCCAGAUCCCUUCUCUAUAUAAUGUUUACGCACACAUAGAGCUUACAAAGCUGAAAAUGGAAUCUUGGAGACCAAAGCAUCGAAAAUCAGGCAAAUCCAAGGCCAAUGCACCCUGCAAAAAGCACCCUAAACACCAACAAUCCCCCGGCGUAUGCUCUAUUUGUCUGAGAGAGAAACUCUCUCAGUUAUCUACGAAAUCUUCAUCGCGCAGUAAAAUAUCAUCUUCUUCGUCUUCAUAUUUAUCGUCUUUGUCUUCGUCCUCGUAUAUUUCCUCGUACUUGUCUCCUGUGAAUGGGAGUAGUUUCCGAAUGGCCUCAGUAGGAAGAGGACCGAUGAGUUCUUUGAAGAGCACUGGCAAAGAUAUGCUUAAGAAGAGUAGAUCAAUGGCUUUCGUCUUGCAAAGGAGAAAAGAUGAGAAGAAUGAGAAGAAUAAAAGCGGGUUUUGGUCGAAACUGCUGCAUCCAAGAAGUAAGGGUUUGAUGCACUCAAGAACUAUGAGAGAAAAGGUCAGUACUGCAGCUCAGUAAUGCCUCGAUUUGUAAUGCAUUGUACUCUAUACCAAAUUCUUUAUUCUUCUCAUUUUUUGAAGUUAUAUAUCUAUUUAGAUUAAAAAAAAUAAAAUAGAUAUAUGGGGAAAAACAAGCAUGAUUAUAUCAAAUCUACUAGAUACAGGUUUAUCUCUCUUUUUUAAUUUUUAUUUUAUUUUUUUGGUGAAAAAGGAUUGUGAAGAAAGGUUUCACUGUUUCUGUGUUGUAUAUUGCUGAAUUCAUUCUUCUUAAUAAAUGAAUUUGAGAUCAGUUUCUAUUUCCAA